AUGGAAUCCUGGGACCCUAAGAAAGUCCAACACCUCAUCGCCCGCUCGCCUCCCCACCGACCCUUCCCCUCCUACCUCUCCUCCCCCUUCCCCUCCUCCCUCUCCUCCUCGCUUUCCUCCCACCUCGCCCUCCUCCUCUCCUCGCUCUCCCGCUACGCACGUGCGCUCGACGCGUGGUGGGGAACGGUGGCCGAGGAGACGUUUAAUCUCUCCGAGGAGUUCAAGUACGUUGGCUGGCCGGGCAACUAUGGCAAGGCGGCGGGCGGAGCUGCGGCGGGGAGCGCAGUGGGCGCAACAGGAGCGUCUGCGGGGGGUGGGGGAGCGGGGGAAGGCGCGGGGACGGGGUGGCUUCAAGCAAUUCCCUCUUCGCCCAUGCAUCUCCUCCCAUCUCUACUCACGUCCCUCCUCUCGUCACUCUUCUCCCAUCCCUCCGUGCGUGCAGUGGUGGCGGCGGUCAACGGCCUCUUCUCUCUGCUUCUCAUCGACUCCCUGCUCUCGGGUGCCUGCAUCCCCCUCUUCCACGACUGCCAUUCCCACCCUCUCGGCCAUGCUGCUGCUGCUCUUGUAACCUAUGACCUGUCCAACAUUAACCACACUCGCCACACAGCAUCCCUCCGGUCCCUCCACCAACCCUACUCCACCGGUUUCCACCACUCUGCACACAGCAGCAGCAGACAAAGUCUCUUGCAGCAGCAGCAAGACGAGCAUCAGUUUGAGGAGGGGUAUCAGGAGAGGCAGGGAGGAGAAGAAGAAGAGGUCCUAGAGGAUGGAUCAGACAUGCCCAUGCAGCAUGAUCAGAAUAAGGAUGAAAACAAUGGGAGUGAUGGGAGUGAAGAUGAGAGCAGUGGGAGUAAAGAUGGAACGCCCGGGGAUGACACCCAUUCAUCUGCAGCUCUCACAGCCUCUGCUGCCUCCGCUGCCUUCUUCCUUUCUAGAUUAGCCCGAUUGCCAGACGUUCAUGUCACCCCGUACCCUGACGUGCCAGGGGCGUACAUCCUGCAAACACCAUCCGCUUCCCCCACACCCACACCCUCAUCCUCCUCCUCCUCUUCCUCGUCGUCCUCCGCUCAUCUUCAAUAUGCUAUCACCGACCCGUCACUCGAUCCCACCUCCACUAGCACCACCGCCACCACCACCAUUCCUCAUCCCCCGCCACGCUGCGCCCUCCUCCUGCGGGACGUGUGCUACGUGCACAUGCAGGGCGCCAGUCGCCUGCACCGCAGCAGUGCCGGUGUGUGGUUCGACCGCGAGGCGCUAGAGAGCGCUCUGGCAGGGGACCUGGGCGGACAGGCCAUCCACGCUGCCUCUGACCUGUCUAAGAUCAACCUGGGGCUCGUGCAGCAGUGUGCUGCUGGGGAAGGUAGCGGUGCAGGUGGGGGGGAAUCGAGUACGAGUGGUACUGGUGGGAGUGGGACAGGUGGUGAUGGGAGCAGCAGCAGCAGCAGCAGCAGCAGUGAGGUUGCUGACGUGGACUCCAUUGCUGAAGCGCUCUAUGAGAAGAUGGGGGGGUUUCUGAGUGCGGAUGAAAUGGCAUUCUAUGCCGCCUCUAGUGCCUCUCAAGGAAAGCAAGUUUUCCGCUCAUCUGCUCUCUCUCCGCCGCCCGCCCUCCACUUGGCCGUCGUCCUGCCUUCGGCUGGGCGGCAGAGUGAGUUUGCUGACCUGGCAGAUGCGCUGCAUGACGUGGCACUCCACCUGCCGACCAUUUCCAAGCCCAGCUCCCACCACCAACUUUCUUACCACAUGGCUGGUUCAAUCAAAAUAAAGGGCCUGCAAGAUAGGAUGGCGAAUGCAGGGGAGGUGGCGGAGCUGGUGCGAGCCAUGAUGCCGAAGCUCACUGUGGAUGUUGUCACUCUCUCCAAUCGCUCCUUCAUCGAGCAAGUCGCCAUUAUGAAGCGCACGGCUCUGCUAAUCGCCAUGCACGGCCCAUCCCUCGCCAACACCCUCUUCCUCCCCCCCAACGCCACGCUCCUCGAGCUCUUCCCCCCGCACCUCCACUCCCCCCACCACUCCUCCCUCGCCGCCGCAUCCCGAGUCCACUACUACAGCUGGCACAACACACACCCUCUCAACACCACAUACACCUCUGACUGCAUGGCACGGGGGCAGUACGCCCUCCUGCCUGCGGCCCUGUGUGCGGGAAAACCGGAGUGCCUGGCGUGUGUGAGGGACCGGUCGGUGACGGGGGUGCAUCUGGGGGAGGUGAGGGGCGUGCUGAGGAAGAUUCAGCAGCCGCUGCGGGCAUUCUUCCUGGCUGCCAGUGUCAAGCACAGGCACAGGCGGAGAGGCAUCCUGUAUGGAUCUAGUAGUAGCUAG